GAGAGAGAGAGAGAGAGAGACCCGCGCCGCAUCUUGUGGAUUUCUUUGCGCACGAAGCCCGCUGUUGAUGGUUCUCCGCGCUCUCCCUCCUAUCGCACAUCAUCCAGACCAGGAGUUGAAAUUCACGUCCCGGAUAAAAAUGUGGCAUCGCACCCCUGCGACAGUCCUUGUGUUAUUGUAUCUUUGGGGGGACUCGCUGGCAGGCUUUCCUAACCAAAUCAACAUAGGCGGGCUGUUCAUGCGCUCCACGGUGCAGGAACACAGCGCCUUCAGGUUCGCUGUCCAGCUGUACAACACCAACCAGAAUGCGACGGAGAAACCCUUCAACCUCAACUACAAUGUGGACAACCUGGAGUCCUCCAACAGCUUCUCCGUCACACAUGCCUUCUGCUCCCAGUUCUCCCGAGGAGUCUACGCCAUCCUCGGCUUCUACGACAGGAAGUCCAUGAAUACGUUGACCUCCUUCUGCGGGGCGCUGCACACCUCCUUCAUUACUCCCAGCUUCCCCAUUGACGCUGAUGUGCAGUUUGUCAUCCAGAUGAGGCCCGGUUUGCGAGGAGCUGUUCUCAGUCUUCUGGACCAUUACAAGUGGGAGAAGUUUGUCUACCUUUACGACACUGACAGAGGUUUUGCAAUCCUGCAGGCCAUCAUGGAGUCGGCCGUGGCCAAUAACUGGCAGGUGACAGCUCGCUCGGUGGGAAACAUCGUGGACCCCAUGGAGUACCGACGCAUCAUUGAGGAGAUGGACCGCCGGCAAGAGAAACGUUUUCUCAUUGACUGUGAGGUGGGCCGGAUCAACUCCAUCCUGGAGCAGGUGGUGACGUCGGGAAAAAACGGCAGAGGAUACCAUUACAUCCUCGCCAACCUGGGUUUUUCCAACAUGAGCCUGGACAGGGUCAUUUCUGGUGGAGCCAACAUCACAGGCUUCCAAAUCAUCAACCCAGACAGCCCCAUCGUCCAGCAGUUCCUCCAGCGCUGGGAGCGCCUAGAUGAAAGAGAAUUUCCAGAAGCCAAAAACACUCCACUGAAGUACACGUCAGCUCUGACCCACGAUGCCAUCCUCGUGAUUGCGGAGGCCUUCCGGUACCUGCGGCGCCAGCGGGUCGACGUUUCUCGCAGGGGGAGUGCGGGAGACUGCCUCGCCAACCCCGCCGUGCCCUGGAGCCAAGGCAUCGACAUAGAGAGAGCCCUCAAAAUGGUCCAAGUACAAGGUAUGACAGGAAACAUCCAGUUCGACACAUUCGGUCGACGAUCUAAUUACACAAUUGAUGUGUACGAGAUGAAGACAGUAGGGGCGAGGAAGAUCGGCUACUGGAAUGAGUACGAAAAGUUUGUUUAUAUUAUGGAUCAGCAGGUCACCAACGAGUCCUCUUCUGUGGAAAACCGAACAAUUGUGGUCACUACUAUUAUGGAAGCUCCGUAUGUGAUGUACAAGAAAAACUAUAUGCAGAUGGACGGGAAUGACAGAUAUGAAGGCUACUGUGUCGAUUUAGCCUCUGAAAUUGCAAAACAUGUGGGGAUAAGAUAUAAACUGUCAGUAGUCCCGGAUGGGAAGUACGGAGCCAGAGAUCCGGAGACCAAGACGUGGAACGGGAUGGUGGGUGAACUGGUUUAUGGGAGAGCUGACAUAGCCGUGGCUCCUCUAACUAUAACCUUGGUACGGGAAGAAGUGAUAGACUUCUCUAAGCCCUUUAUGAGCUUGGGCAUCUCCAUUAUGAUAAAGAAGCCACAAAAGUCCAAACCUGGGGUGUUUUCCUUCCUGGACCCGCUGGCCUAUGAGAUUUGGAUGUGUAUAGUUUUUGCCUAUAUCGGCGUGAGUGUGGUGCUCUUCCUGGUGAGCCGUUUCAGCCCUUACGAGUGGCAUCUGGACGAAAGCGAUGAGGCCAAAGACCCUCAGAGCCCCCCAGACCCUCCAAACGACUUUGGGAUUUUUAAUAGCCUGUGGUUCUCCCUGGGUGCCUUCAUGCAGCAAGGAUGCGAUAUCUCACCAAGAUCUUUGUCCGGCCGCAUCGUCGGCGGAGUGUGGUGGUUCUUCACCCUCAUCAUCAUCUCCUCCUACACGGCCAACCUGGCUGCCUUCCUCACCGUGGAGAGGAUGGUCUCUCCCAUCGAGGGUGCCGAGGACCUGGCCAAGCAGACAGAGAUCGCCUAUGGGACGUUAGACUCAGGCUCCACUAAGGAGUUCUUUCGGCGCUCCAAAAUAGCAGUUUAUGAGAAAAUGUGGUCAUACAUGAAAUCAGCCGAACCCUCAGUAUUUGCCAAAACAACACCAGACGGGGUUGCCAGAGUACGAAAGUCGAAGGGCAAGUUCGCCUUUCUACUCGAAUCCACAAUGAACGAGUACAUAGAGCAGCGGAAACCAUGUGACACCAUGAAAGUGGGCGGCAACCUCGAUUCUAAGGGCUAUGGUGUGGCCACACCUAAAGGCUCUGCAUUAGGAACUCCUGUAAACCUUGCAGUAUUGAAACUCAGUGAACAAGGCAUCUUAGACAAGCUGAAAAACAAAUGGUGGUACGAUAAGGGUGAAUGUGGAACCAAGGACUCUGGAAGUAAGGACAAGACAAGUGCACUAAGCCUGAGCAACGUGGCAGGAGUCUUCUAUAUUCUGGUCGGAGGGCUCGGCCUGGCAAUGACUGUGGCUCUGAUAGAGUUCUGCUAUAAGUCACGGCAAGAAACCAAAAGACUGAAGCUGGCAAAGAAUGCCCAGGACUUUAAGCCAGCCCCUCCGGCAAACACCCAGAAUUUUGCCACGUACCGUGAAGGCUACAACGUGUACGGGACAGAGAGUGUCAAGAUCUAACGGAGGUGAAACAUUGUUGACUCCUACUGGUUUGAAAUAGCAACUGUGUGUGACCCUGACACCCCGAGGCCGGCAUCCUGGAGGCGACGGCCUCCUCUGUCAUCAGCUCGGACAAAAAAAAGCCUACAAGUGAACAAGUGCUCAUUCGGGUUGUUUGUGAGGCCCAUCAUCACACUAGCGGAGGGCAAUGUUGCAACGGGACUUUUGCUUCUGGAAACAUAAGAUUUGCCUCUUGUAGUGCCUUAUGGAGCAUUUCGGCGUCAUGGCAAUGCAAUCUAAAUUGAAUUCACUUGAAAAAAAAUGAUGUAAACAAAAGAUUCGUGGAACUAUAGGGCAAAACAGUGCUUCAAAUGAGAAUUAGAUGAGCUGCUGUAAUAUCAGUUGUUUUCUAUGUUGAUGAAGAAAAAAAAGCCAUGAUUUGCAAUCAAAACAUCCUGUAAUAGUUAUUAAGUCAUUUUAAUACUUUACAGGCAUAUUUCUGUGGUGGAAUAUUAAGUUAGAUAAAUGUUAUAUUUAGUGAAGUAAAGUCAUUUUUCUCGUUUUACUAUGACUAUUUUCAGUUUCAUAAUAUUUAGGACAAGCAUCAAUCACUUAGGUAAAGCAUCGAUGAAAGUGACAUUGUACCAGUUUUAAGUCAGAAAACAUCGCGAUUAUGAAUUGAGUUCUCUGCUUAGGUGGUGAUUUUUUUCUGAGCCUGUUGGACGAUAUAUUCAACAGACUGAAAUGCUUCUUUCAAAUCAACCCUGUGAGAAUACAUUUUUUUCAACUGCCACAAUUUGGAACCAAGUCGUUUUUUUCAUUGAAUUAAGGGUCUGCUUUUAAUCACUUAGUGCCAUAUUCUUGAAUCAAAAACAUUAUAAAUACCCCCUUUUUAUGUGAUAGAUUAUUGAAAUGGUUUAACUGAGCUUUACUCACUUAGAAGAAGUUCUCAUGUAAAUGCAGUAUCUGCAGCUGUGAAUCUCAAAUCAUUUUGGUAAACGAUAACGCACAUAGCUUCUUUGGUUGUAAUAAGCUUUCUGUGUCUAUGCAUUAGGCAGAACGUGAACUGUACAUCGGGGGAAGAGCUACAAAUGAAACGUUUGUCUGUUUGUACGAGUUCACUUUUUAUAAACGGAACGAAAAAAUCCUACAAAAGCUACAAACCCUGUACGCCUACGUUUGUUUAAUAAAUCAAGACUAGUACCACAUCCUUUUCUCCCCAGAUAAAGUGCAUGUGCAUUUGGUGAUUGUUUGACCAAACUGCAACUUGAAAUGGACCCCGGUUUAGUUAAAGGCCCCACAACGGCAUUUGAUCCAGUUUGUUUUAAUUCAUCCCUGUUCAUUUGUGACGGUACCUCAACCAUGAGAGUUGCAUGUGUGGACACAAUGAACCUCCACGGAGAGGUCAUGUACAAAGGAUUUUAUUACAUUUCCUUAAUAAAAGCAGGUUUAUAUUCA